UGAUGGUAUAUCUCUCCUGCGCAAAUUCCGACACGCCUUGAACAGCGCUUAUAUCACCAGAUGCCGGUCAAUGUCGGACGAAAAGCCGCGGCGCCUGCUCAAACGGGACACUGGCGUGUGUAUGAACCAGGAUGAGACUACUCUACUGUUUCUUUCACCCCGGACGGAUAUUUGACUGGUUUUGUUGGAUCCAUCAUGUAUUUCUUCUGGUCUUUGGGUGGUUGCCGCUCGACUGGCUGUACAAUCUCUGGGGCUUGGGCAGCCUUCCGUGGACUCUUCAAAACAUGCCCAAUAUGGGUCUUCUCGCACCUAAAAGUUCCUUAUCGGGUGCAUUAUCGACUUCUGUUUUUUGCAAUUAAUGGAUCAUGUUUAUUAUGUACAUAAGUUCCCAGCUAUGAGUGUGCGCGCAGUUUACUGCAUAAGGCAAAUGAAAUUGGUUGCAUAACAUAA